AAGUAAAUUUUAUGCUUCAUACAUUGGUAAUAAAAUUAGCAAUCAUUUUGAUGAAGAAACAGACAAUAAAACUAUAGAAGAAGAAAAUAAAGAAAAUUAUAAUAAUGAAAAUAUAUCGUUACAACAAAAACGAAAGAAGAAAGAUAAAAUCGAAAAUCAUAUAUCAAAAAAUGUACAAGAGAAGAUACAGAGCGAAAAAAACAAAAUUAAUUUACAUGACGAAGAAGUUCCAAAUGAUUCUGAAACCCAAGCAGAACAAAUUGACAAUGAUAUUGAAACGCCAAAAUAUUUUAAUGGAGAGUUAAGAGAAUAUCAAAAACAAGGAUUUCAAUGGCUAAAGGUUCUUUACGAAAAUGGUAUAAAUGGAAUGUUAGCAGAUGAGAUGGGAUUGGGUAAAACAAUUCAAAUUAUUGCCCUGCUAUGCCAUCUUAUCGAGAAACGCCAAAAUGGUCCAUAUUUAUUAGUUGUACCUCUCUCCACUGUACCAAAUUGGUUAAUAGAAUUUGAACGAUUUGCACCAAAAUUACCUGUUGUGUUGUUUCAUGGAGCAAUAAAGGAGAGACAAGCAGCGAGGAAAAAAAUCAAUCAAAAAUACACAAUUACACUUUCUUAUAGUACUCUUCCAAUUGUACUUACUACGUACGAAGUUGCAAUGACGGAACAUUCUUUUUUGAAGUCUCUCAAAUGGAGAUAUAUAAUUGUGGAUGAAGGCCAUAAGAUUAAAAAUUAUCAGUGUCAACUCAUUAAGUGU